AAUGACACUAGGGAGGUGUGGCCGGCGAGGGCAGCUUUGCACAGCAGUUUGGGCGCGUCGAGCGACGUCGCCAGGCUUCAAGCUGUGCCCAGUAGCUGUGAAAAGUCCUCGACUACGUCUGCUGCAAGCGGCGUGCACGGCGAGCGACUUUAAGGCGAGUUGCAUUUAAAGCACAUUGCUUGCGGCGAGUGCAUUCAAAGCGAGGGCAGGAUGAACAAGCUCCUCUGGGCGCUCUUCGCCGCCGCGGCGGCCUUCGCCCCGGCCCCGGCGCCGCGCGCCGCGCGGCCCGUGCUCAAGGCGGUCAACAACGGCCGCGGCGUCGCGCAGAAGCUGCGGAGGUCAGGCGUCCGCCUUCAAGCGAAGGCAGAACCCCCGCGCGCCGCCGUCGUCGCGCAGGCCGCGGCGGCCGCCGUCGAGGACGCCGAACCGACGUGGUUCGACACGUACACCAAGGUCUCCGGCGCCUUGACCAACUUAUUUCCGGUCUGGACGGUCGUCUUCACGUUGUGGGCCCUCAAGGACCCGUCGGCCUUCGCCUGGCUGACCACUAAAUACUUCACGGCGGGCCUAGCGAUUCUCAUGCUGAGUAUGGGUAUUACGCUGGCCCCGAAGGACUUCCAAAGAGUGGCGACGCGGCCCAAUGCGGUGUUAUUGAACUUCGCGCUGUGCUACGGUACCGCGGCCAGCGUCCUAUAUUCAUAAAGGGGGUGUAGCUCAGUGGCAGAGCGUCCGCUUUGCAUGCGGAAAGCCCAGGGUUCAAACCCCUGCUCCUCCACACACACAAAAACAACUCCGUGGCGCAAUGGACAGCGUAUCAGACUUCGAAUCUGGGGGUUGCGGGUUCGAGUCCCGUCGGAGUUGUUUGCGUUCGCUCGACGGCGCGACGCCGCCGCCGCGACGCACCACGAUCUUUCGUGGCGCGCCUGCUCGACGGCGUCACGCUGUCGCCGCGACGCACCACACCACACAAAAUCUGGACGGACUGGAAAUCUGAAGGCUCCGGGUUCGACUCCCGGGUCGGUCUACCGCGGAAUUGAACUCAAAGCGAGAUAGUGUGGCCGAGUGGUUAAGGCGGUAGACUUGAAAUCUACUCCCGCAAGGGUCGCAGGAUCGAUUCCUACAAAAUCGAUGCGCGUUCGAACCCUGUCACUAUCGCGCACGUUGAUGAUGUGGCCGAGUGGUCUAAGCUCCUGGGAGCGACCAGAGGCGCUGGUUUUAGGCACCAGUCUUCGGGCGUGGGUUCGAACCCCACCAUCAUCACUUGAGUUCCAUGCCGCACGUUCGUAUCCGUGGCCGAGUUGGUCUAAGGCGUUGGAUUUAAGCCCCAAUCUCUCCGGAGGCGUGGGUUCGAACCCCACCGGAUGCACACAUUUGACCGAUGACGGUUUCGCCAAUCAGAUGCCAGUCCUGAGAGUUAAUCGUGUGUCGGACACGAGGCUGACGGUACACUCUCGCAGGCAUGAUGCCGGCGCUCGGCCUGACCCUGGGCAAGAUGUUCGCGCUAGAUCCGGCUUUAGUGGCAGGGAUGGUCCUCGUCGGCUCGAUCAACGGCGGCCAGGCGUCGAAUCUCUGCACGUUCAUUGCGAACGGGAACGUGGCCCUCUCGGUGCUCAUGACGACGGCAACCACCAUUGGAGCUAUCUUCAUGACUCCCCUAUUGUGCAAGACCUUUCUGGGGACGGUCGUGCCCGUCGACGCCGCGGGCAUUGUCGUCUCUACUCUACAGGUCGUCCUCGCGCCCAUCUUAGUAGGCAUGACGAUGAACGCCAAGUUCCCGAAAGUCGUGAAGAAGAUCACUCCUGUGACACCCGUCAUAGGCAUGGUCUCUACCUGUCUGCUGGUGGCCGCGGCUGUCGGGCAGGUCGCCGAGCCGAUCCUGGCGGCUGGCCUCAACCUGCAAUUACCGGUAAUGCUCCUCCACUUGGUCGGCGGCAUCGUCGGCUACUGGGGCGCUCGGGCUCUCGGCUUCGGCGAGACGUCGUCGAGAACGAUGGCCAUCGAGACCUCGAUGAAGAGCUCGGCCUUCGGCUUUUUACUAGCGAAGCUCCACUUCGGCGCCUUCGCCGCCCGCGUGCCUUCCGCGGUGUCCGUGGUCUGGAUGGCGCUGACGGGCUCGUCGAUGGCCGUCGCGUGGCGCUUCAUGCCGGUCAAGCCGGUCAAGUUUGAUAGAAAAGUCAAGGAGCGCUUCGAGUCCGUGGAUCUCCUCACGCGGGCGAAGAAGCUCUUCGGCAAGGAGAAGUAG